AUGGCAUCUUGGUGGUAUCCUCAACAACACCAACCAAUAGGUGAACCAUUUGAAUAUCAUCAUCCCGCUUCUUUACCACCUCCUUCACAAACCAUGGUACCAUCGCCGUUUUAUUAUGAUUCACAACCGAUUGUGAUUGAAGGUGGCAAUAAUGACGAGUAUAUAAUACAUCCAUCAAACAAUGGAAACAUGAAUGAUUCGAAUUCAAUCGAUUAUCAUCAUCGUCGAAAUUGGUUUAAUGGGGCUAAUAACGAUGAUCGUAAAGCAAAGUCUCGUGUAGCAGCAAAACAUCGGCGUAGUGCAGAAAAUAAAGAAUUUACGGAUUUAUCAAAAUUAUUACCAUUACAACAACAAAUAGCUGCGCAACUUGAUAAAGCUUCAAUUAUACGUUUAACAAUUAGUUAUUUACGUUUACAUGAAUUUUUAUCACAUGGUGAUCCAUCGUGGCCAAAUGAAAUAAAUGUACCAUCAAGAAAACAAGCAUUUAAAUUAUUUAAUGCUGACGAAGCAUCCCAAUUAUUACAAUCACUCGAUGGUUUUAUAUUUGCAUUAAGUUCUGAUGGUAGAAUAUUAUAUAUAUCUGAAUCAGUUUCCAGUAGUUUAGGUUUAUCAAUGGUUGAAAUGACAGGAAAUUUCAUAUUUAAUUAUUUACAUGAAGAUGAUAAAAAAGUUUUUGCUGAUGCACUCGGUUUUGAACUUUUACCACCGUCGAGUCCAACGACAAGUUUAACUAUGGAUUUAAUUAAUUCAGCUAACAACGAUACAGAUCUUCUUGAUCUACCACCGGAUCAAUGUCCACGAAUGCAAGCACCUAUUGAUAGUAGUCGUUUUAAUAAGAAAUCUUUAUGUGUUCGAAUGCGAUCAAGUUUAACGAAACGAGCACCGAAUAUGAAAACGCCUGGUUAUCGAUCCAUACAAAUUAUUGGUGAAUAUCGUUGGCUUCAUCCAGAUUAUCGUAGACCAUCGAAUAAUGGUGAUUAUGUAUUAGGUUUUGUUGGUACAGCAAUUAUACCAAAUCUAAGUCCAUCACAAAAUGAAUUUCCUAUCCCGGAACAUCAAAAUGUUAUUCGACUCGAUGAAAAUUUACAUAUUACUCACAUGGAUGAUAAAUUACAACGAACAUUAAAUUGGAAUUUGACAUAUGCAACAUCAUCACUUUAUCUUUACGUACAUCCUGAUGAUUUAUCUUCAUUGUCAGCAGCUCAUCGCGAUUUGCCAUCCCGACAACAACUUGUACUAAAUGUUGUUCGAUUGCAAAUGAAUAUGUUGAUACCAUCUUCUCAACAUCAACGCAAAGCAAAUGGAAACAAUAAUAAUAAUAGCCCUAUUAUUGAACAAAAAUGGAUUUGGUGUGACUUACUUGCUACAAUGAUGCAAUCAAAAGCAAACGAUGAAAAUUUUGUUAUACUUGUUGUCGAAAUUAUUGGAGUCGACGACGGACUUGUUGUACCAACUAUCGAUGAAGAACUAGAAAAUGAAUAUGCUACUCGAAUAUCUUAUCGAUCAGAAGUAAGUCCAGAUGAUGUUGUCGAAUCAUCAUCACCUACAGUUCCAGCUCGAGUUUCUAUCAAACAACAACGACAACAGUCUCCUUAUACCAGUGAACAGCAAUCACAACAAGGAUGUUUCUAUCCAUCCCCGCCGCCACCACCACCACCACCACCACUACCUCCAUCGCUACCCACUUCAUCAUUUCCUUCUUCUUCACCCCAUCAUCGUCAUUUACCAUCAACAUCAACUCCAAGCUCAAGUCCGUCAUCUCCGCAUUCGCCCUUACCAACAAAUCGACCAUCAGUUAUAAUGACCAAAAGCAUGCAUCAUCAUCAACAACAACAACAACAACAACACUAUCAUCCAUAUCGUCAUUAUGAUUGUAAUACAUUUGUACAGCAACAGUAUCCUUUACCAACUGCAGCAACAAAUGAACAAUGGUAUUAUCCACCGACAAAUACCGGUGGGGAUAAUAUGCAUCUAUAUCAUCAUCCACAUCAUCAUUCGAGUUAA